GGACACCUGAAUGCACAGGCGGACCUUGUCUCUCCCAUCGCUCUCGGGGAACCAGUUUUUGCAUUGGCUUGGAAAAAUUAUGCAACAGUUAUAAUGACACACAUUUCUUUGCCUGUCGUUCUGUGCUUCAUUCUCGGCUUUCGCUGCACUGUUCAAACAGACAGCAGUUCCUUCCUGAUCUACAAUGAGGACCAUAACAAGUGCGUGACGGCCAUAAGCUCCACCUCAAUCCAGGCGACCACCUGCGAUCCCAGCGACGACACCCAGAGGUUCCGCUGGGUGUCGCAGUAUCAUGUGAUCAGCAUCUCGCUCAAGCUGUGCCUGGGGGCCCAGAGCGUGAAGGACUGGGUGAAGAUCCUGCUCUUCCCCUGCGACAUGAAGAGUGAGCUGCAGGAGUGGGAGUGCAAGAAUGAGACCCUGUUCGGCAUCAAGGGCCAGGCCCUCCACCUGAACUAUGGCAACCGCCAGGAGAAGAACCUCAUGCUGUACAAAGGCUCUGGUGUCUGGAGUCGGUGGAGGGUAUACGGUACCAAGGAUGACCUCUGCUCUCGGGGGUACCAAGAGGUGUUUACACUCGGAGGCAAUGCAAUGGGGAGCCCCUGCAUGUUCCCAUUCAAGUUCAAGGAGAAGUGGUAUGCGGAGUGCACUCUGGACGGCAGGUCAGACGGAUUCCUGUGGUGCGCAACAGAGACAGACUAUGACAAAGACAAAAAAUGGGGCUUUUGUCCAACAAAAUCUACCACUGGCUGGGACACUGAUCCAGUGACUGGAGUCCUUUAUCAGAGAAACACUCAAUCUGUCCUGACCUGGCACCAAGCGAGAAAGAGCUGCCAGCAGCAGGAUUCUGACCUGCUGAGUAUCGUAGAGCUCCACGAACAGACAUACAUCUCAGGGUUAACAAACUCCUUGGGAACACCAUUGUGGAUUGGACUGAAUAGCCUGGACUUUGAAAGUGGAUGGCAAUGGAGUAACGGAAAUCCAUUCAGAUAUUUAAACUGGGCCCCAGGGAAUCCAUCUCCUGAGCCUGGGCUGAACUGUGCCGUUUUAAACCCUGGAAAAGCAUCAAAAUGGGAAAGCAGCGCUUGCUCAAAAAAACUUGGGUAUAUCUGCCGCAAAGGAAACUCUACCAGCCUCAUCCAUAUUAAUCCAGGGACUGAUCAGCACAGCGUCUGCCCCAGCCACUGGGUGCCGUACGCAGGCCACUGCUACUAUUUGCAGCGCACAAAGAAACUAUGGAGGGAUGCUCUCGCUGCAUGCCAUAAAGAAGGGGGCGACCUGGCCAGCAUCCACAACAUCGAGGAGCACAGCUUUGUUAUUUCACAGAUAGGAUACUUGUCGACUGAUGAGCUGUGGAUCGGUCUGAAUGACCAGAAGACACAAAAUCUGUUUGAGUGGAGCGACCGAUCUCACGUCACAUUCACCAAGUGGCAGACGGGAGAGCCCACCCACGGCACCAACAUGCAGGAGGACUGCGUCCUGAUCAGGGGAAAGGAAGGGAAGUGGGCUGACAGUCUGUGUGAAAAAGAACACGGAUAUAUCUGUAAAAAGAAAGCCACCACUGGUGUUGCCCCCGAAGUUGUGAGCCCUGGCUGUAAAACUGGCUGGGUCAGGUUUGGAUCAUACUGCUACUAUAUUGGGGCAGAAACAAAAACAUUUGAUGAGGCUAAACAGACUUGCCAGGGCAGCAGUUCCUACUUGGUUGACGUCACAAACAGAUAUGAGAAUGCCUUCCUCAUUAGCUUAGUGGGUCUGCGACCAGAGAAAUACUUCUGGAUAGGUCUGUCAAAUACGGCAGAUCGCGACAACUUUGUGUGGACUAACACUGCUACUGUGAGGUUCACACACUUCAAUGUAGGCAUGCCAGACAGAAAACAGGGUUGCGUUGCCAUGACAACCGGAACGUUCGCUGGAUUAUGGGAUGUGAUCAGCUGCUCCAGCAAAGAGAAGUACAUCUGCAAAUGUUUGGCUGAGGGGAUGACAUCGACCAUGGCUCCAAUGACCACAGCCGCUCUCUCCUGUCCCACGGAUUGGAGGCCUUUGGGAGACAGGAACAUGUGUUACAAGAUUUACAAGAAAAAUUCAAACAACAAAAAAACCUGGUUUGAGGCUCGGGACUUCUGUAGAGCGAUUGGAGGAGAUCUGGCCAGCAUCCAUAGUGACAGUGACCUAGGCGGUGGCUUCAUGAUGUCCUCUGUGGACAAUGCAUGGAUUGGUCUCAAUGCACUUGAUCCUAACGCUGGCUUUGUCUGGACUGACGGAUCCUCGACAUCCUAUGAAAACUGGGGAUAUGGAGAACCAAACAAUUACAAUGACGUCGAACUCUGUGCUGAAGUCAGUUUUUACUAUGGGAGGCCGUGGAAUGAUCGACAUUGUGAAUUUUACAACAACUGGAUAUGCCAAAUCCGCAAGGGAGUGACACCCAAACCCCCUCCAGUUUCCACUGUGCCAGAGUUCAAUGUGACGAAGGAUGGAUGGAUAGAAUACAAUGACACUCAGUAUUAUGUUAAUACCAAAAAGCUUGCCAUGGAUGAUGCUAGGGCGUACUGUAAGAACAACUUUGGUGACCUUGUGGUCAUAACGAGCGAAUCUGAAAGGAAGUUUAUAUGGAAACAGAUAUCCCGAGGUAAUGAGGAUCAAUAUUACAUUGGAUUGACAGUCAAUCUGGAUAAAUCCUUUGAGUGGAUGGAUGGGACCCCAGUCACAUACACUGCGUGGGAGGCUAACGAGCCCAACUUUGCCAACAAUGAUGAAAACUGCGUGACCAUGUACAAGGGAAUGGGGUUCUGGAAUGACAUUAAUUGUGGUGUGGUCCUGCCAUCCAUAUGCAAAAGAAGCACCAACUCUCCCACCAACACUACUGUGGCACCCACUGUAAUCCCCAAAGGAGGAUGCCCGCCAGACUGGAUUGCUUUCUCAGGAAAGUGCUACAAAUUCAUUGGGACAAAUACUGAGGACCGAAAACCAUGGCAAGAAGCCAGGACUUUCUGUAUAAACCUAGGAGGAAAUUUGGUAUCUAUCCUGAGUGAAAAUGAGCAACAUUUCUUGACCACCAAACUGCUGGGCAUGUCUGUAGACAUGUGGAUUGGCCUGAACGACGUUAACUGGGAAAUGCGCUUUCUGUGGACAGACGGGAGAGGCGUCUACUACACAAACUGGGCCAAAGGUCACCCAGUGUCGGUGCCGGAUGGCCGGUAUAUGUUCAUGGAUGAGGAGUUUGACUGUGUUGUGAUGGUGGCAACCAGCCCGACGAUGACUGGGGUCUGGAAGGUGGAUGAUUGCCUGGCGCACCGAGGGUUCAUCUGCAAGAGGAACAUUGAUCCUCAGAUUAACCCCCCAGCAACAACGGUGUCACCUAAGACUUACUACAAGUUUGGCAAUAACUCCUACAAGUUGGUGACGCAGAAAAUGAACUGGGAUGAAGCCAGGCGGCAGUGCAAGGCGGACGACGGAGAACUUGCCAGCAUUCUGGACCCAAUGUCGCAAGCCUUAUUGGCACUGAGGAUGCUCAAGUAUAAGGAGCGCGUAUGGAUCGGACUGAACAGCAAUGUGACUGGUGGGUACUACCGCUGGAUAGACAACUGGAGGCUGCGUUACACCAAAUGGGCACCGGGGGAGCCGAGGAACAACAUUGCUUGUGUGUAUGUUGAUUUGGAUGGAAAAUGGAAGACAGACGUUUGCACUCAAACCUACUACUCUGUUUGCAAGCGUUCACCAGAUGUUGCUCCCACGGAUCCGCCUCAAUUGCCAGGGAACUGUCCCGAGCCAAAAAAGCGGAGAACCUGGAUCCCCUUCAGGGGUCACUGCUAUGCCUUCAUCUCCUCCUCAGUGGAGAACUGGGCUCAUGCCUCUACUGAAUGCUUGAGAAUGGGAGCUUCUCUGGCCAGCAUUGAAGACCCUGUGGAGGCCAGCUUCGUUAAUCAAAACUUAGAGCUGCUUCAGGAUGGCAGCAAGUCCUUCUGGAUUGGCCUGUACAAGAAUCACAAAGGGGAAUGGUUAUGGAUUGACAACAAACCAGUGGACUACACCAACUGGGAAUCAGGAGAGCCGUCACCUGCCAGCGAGGAGUGCGUAGAGAUCUAUUCUGACAGCUUCAGGUGGAACAAUGUCAACUGCCAUAGGUACAAGUCCUUCAUCUGCAAAACAGAAAAAGUUAUACCACCAACUCCAAAACAGUCACAUGUUGUUCAAAUAGCUGACGAGAGCCCGCAUGGCUACUCUGGCAUUGCAGUGGCUGUGGUUCUCAUGAUAAUAACAGUAGCAGGACUCGCUGCAUACUUUUUCUACAAGAGGAGGCAAAAGCCAAUGCAGGGUGAGAGCACCUUCGAUAACACCUUGUACUUCAACACCGACCCCACCCGCACAACAACCAUCGACACCAAGGGCCUUGUGGAUAACAUUGAGCAGAAUGAACAGGCCUCGAUCUGAUCGCAUUGGGACAAUUUGGCGACUCGGCCAUCCAAGUGACAAGGCCACAAAUGUCCUUCUAAUGUCUCACCUCUAAAUGAGAUUCUGAAUUUGUGUUGCAAGAUCAUACACACACACACACACACACACACACACACACACACACACACAGGUACACAUAUGCACAUAGGCAUAAACAGAGACACACAAAAUCACUCUGAAGAAAAUGGACAUGACACAUUUUGAAGACACAAACAGCUGGAUUCAUCAGUCUAAGCAGAUGUAAUGCUACAACUGUUGUUGAUAGUUUUGUCAUUUUUAAACCUUCCUGCUGCUUAUAUGAUCAAUGUAAAGCAAGGUUGAGGAAGUAUGUUACAGCCCAGCUACAUAUACCAAAAAAUGUUUUAACUACCAGAAAAUUAUUUCAGUAUGUUCCAGAAGGAAAUAUUACCAAUUACUUGUUGGAAAAUUAAUUAAGGAUCACUAUUGCUACCAUAGACAGGAAAGAUAUGUUUUUUUUUUAAAAUUUAUUUUGGUUUUGUACAGUUUGAUAUUUCCUGAUAACUAAAUGUUGAUAGCAACUUACUCACCUAUGUGCCUUAUUAGCCUGAAACAGUUUUUGAAGACUUUCACCUCCUUCCAGCUGAUUUUUUUUCUA